GGCAACUUGCCAUAACUCUCAGGCAGCUGUAUUGGAGAAAAGAUGCCUGACUCUUGUGCAGCUUGGGGCUGUACAAACCUUUGCACAAUCCAAACCAGAUCUCGGGGUAUUACCUUUCAUAGUUUAGCCAGUGGCAACCUGGACAACACAAGCCUCAAGAAAAGCUGAAGAGAGCCUGUUAGUGGACUGUUCUCUAGAUUUUCAAGAGACUGUACCCCCUCUGCCUAAUAUUACACAUUCAUGUAUACACAUGCACACAUUGAAACGUGCUGUUGUUGAAUAUGCUUCCCUGACACACACACAAACCCACGGUGAUGGCAGUGGGAUUGAGGGGUGAUGAGAUUAAAGGAUUAUAUGUAUGACUUUUGUUGUUCAUCUGAACACAAAGAUUUUUACAAGUUUUCAGAUGUGGAGGGACUUAGAAUGGAAGGAGACAGCAACCAACACUUUCAAGGUCCAUAAAUCACAUUUAGGCAGGAUAAUAGUAAUCCAUAUAUAUGGCUCCAGAUGCUUCUAUUCUAUUUGAAUCCGAAAACGUAUUCUAAAAAUCUUAAUUUGUGUUCAGAUCAACAAUGAAAGUCAUACACAUUUGGGAUGGAAUGGAGGACCACUCCUAUGCAUUGCCUGCAUCUCCCACUGGUCUAAAGGCCAGACUCCGUGAAGACUUGGUUAGGGUGGAGAGUCUGGAGCGAGAGAUGAGGAAUGUGACGGACCGAGAACGGAGGGCAAAGAACACAGUGCAAGAUCUUCUAGAGGAUCUGAAGGGGAAGAACGUCAUAAAUGAAGAGGCGAAAGAGAGGCUCAAUUUCUACUCUGGGGGCUGGAAAAACAACCAUUCUGCAGGCCAGUUCCAGAGCAUUUUCUGCCAUCUCAUGGUCCGGUGCGGUGUCUAUCCAAGCACUUCAGGAAACGUGGCAGCACAGGAUGAGACCGUGUCCCUGUCUGCUGUUGAGAUGUCCUCUGCUUUAGCAGCAGAAGAAACUGAAGAGCUUCCAUCCCCUUUUGUUAACAUCUCUGCAAUUGUGUGUGGCCAUAGCUACCUGCCAACCCACUUUGGUAGCCUUGUGGACAAUGCCCUUGUGUACAUAUUAGGGUUUGUCGUUCGACAGAUUUUGAGAAAGCUGUCCUGUGACGUGUGCCAUGCAAGCUUGGUGACAUGCUGUACCCACAUCAUUUGAUCACACCUACCACUUUACACUGAAAAACAAAGUAGGGCUGACGAUUCCUUCUGAAGGUACAGUAAAGAUGGUCAGAUCAGCUGAGCGGUUUAUUCGCCAGUCAUCAUUGGGGCAAGCCAUCAGAGUGUCCUUGAUCAAUCAGUUUGUCCGGGCUGAGAUUGGUUCAGAGGAUGUCUUUUUUUUUUUUUCUUUUUUUUUUUUCAGGGAGCACAAUCAGGAAACACAAUUUGGAAUUGACAACCAUAAUUUUUUUUGAUCGUCAUUAGUUGUGUCUGUCUUCCACAAAUUAAGGCUGCACCACAUUGCCAAACUGGACACUCUUAAAUUACAGAGUGGCAACUCCCGAAAAAAGCAGUGCAAAUCAGUUCUGUUCUAAGGGUUUUAGCUCCCAUCCCCCUGUUUUUUAAAAGAAGAGCAUAACUUGUUCAGGUGGGAUCAGAUCCAGCCCCCCGUGACCCUGCAAAGGAUAAGCAGUUAUAGAUGAUGGAUGGAUGGAUCUACUAUAUAGUCUAUUAUGCUAUUAUUAUUAUUAUUAUUAUUAUUAUUAUUAUUAUUAUUAUUAUUAUUAUAUUAUACUAAUAUAUUAUUAUACUACUUAAACUAUUAAUGUACUAUUCACUACUCACUUUUAUUUACUAUUUUUAUUUUAUUAUUUACUAUUUAUACUACAUAUACUAUUUGCUAUUAUUAAUUUAUUAUUAUUAUUACUACUAUAAUAUAAUAUUCAUACUACACCUUAUUGUAUUUAUAGGCUAUUAAUAAUAAUAAUAAUAGUAAUAAUAUGGUAUACUUCUGUACUAUACUGUAUAUUGUACUACUACUACAUCUCACUUUAUACUAUAUUACACUUAUAUUCCAUAGUAUUUAUACUGCACUAUAUUUUUUUACAAUUUUACCAUAUCAUGUAAAUAUGUUUUACAGCUGUAACACUUGAAUUUCCCCUCUGGGGAUCAGUAAAGGCUUAUCUCAUAAUUGUCUGUUUUGGAGUAUAUCUGUAUCCUUUCGCUGCUAUAAAAAAUAUA